AUGGCGACGCUGCGGGAGCCGACGCACGGCACGGUGUCGCGCGCGCUCGCCGACGCCGGCUACACGAGCGUGUUCAUGGGUCUCGUCUACUCGCCCGAGUACUACUUCAACAGCGUCGUCGAGGGAGAGUUUGCGACGCCCGAGGAACUCGCGGAACGCCUCGUCGGCGUCUGGCAGGCGGUGUUCCGCACUCAGAACGUCCGCGUGUUCCUCGAGCCGGAAGGGCUGCGGAUUCCUGCGGGACGCGACGCCGUCGACGCGGUCUACUUCCUGUCGGUGAACGGGCAGUUCCUGCACCAGAACACGGUGCGCGAUUCAGUGUGGACCCGCGCGGUGCAGCUGCUGCGGAACGACGAUGGCGUGCACGAGGUGACGCUGCCGCACUCGGUCAGCGUCGGCCUGUCACUGAACCGGAGCCCGCACGACCGCAGGAAGGUGCAGGAGGCUAUCGUGCGCGCGUGGAACCAAGCGAAUCCAGACAAGAGCAUCGUAAUCAAUGGCGUACAGUACGUGGGCGUGCAGACAGGAAACCUGCCGGCCACCAUCAUCCGCUACCAGGUCCAGUACAACACCACGGACCUGCAGGGACCGGCGGUCACUCCAGCCGAGAUCACCAUCGUCCGCUACAUACGACUCGUCGUCGGCGGAUUCGGUUGCAGGCCGGACGUCUGUAGCUCGCGCAAGCUCUACACAAUGUACGCGCGCACCAACGACGGCACAGUGCUGCGCGCCGGCGCCAUCAGCAACGGCAACUUCAUCCAGGCCAUGCAGCCGGCAUGGGAGAGCAGCAACCCCGAGCAGCUGCGCGCCCUCCCCUGGAUCAUCAAGCUAGACAACAUCUCCUCGGGAUACAUCGACGCACUCGGCCGCCCCGUCUCCGCGUUCUUCUACGAACUCGCGCUCCCAGAGGACGCCACCGAUGACUCGCUCGCCGAGCCGACAGCCGGCCAGGUGGCGCCGCGCGUCCGCAACCUGCUCGGCUUGAUCCGCGUCGACGAGGCUGAGGUGUACGGGCCUCCGCACUACUUCGCGACGACGCUGCGUGGGCGGCCCGACGCGGCGGUGGCGCGCGGGCAGCUCGCGGCGGCGUGGGCGCAGGCGUACCGGGAGCAGCAGCGCAAUCCCGACGUGAAGGUCUUCGUCGUGAUGACUCAUCGGCGCACAGUCGGCGGCGCGCCGGGGACGCAGGCCAUCUACUUUCUGUCGGUCGACGGUCGGAUCAUGCAGCCGCCGCUGUCGCUCCUCGCGAGGGUCAACGCCAUCAUGAGGGGAGAGGAGCUGGAGCGCGGGAGGAGAGAGGAGACGCAGUCGGCAUCGGUGGCGGUCCCUGGCGUUCUCGCGAGGUCGCGCGUCGAUCAACCCGACUUGGAAGAAGCGUUGAGAAGUGCAUGGGAAGAGGUCAAUGCUGGUGAGAAUUUCUGCUUCGGAGGGAAUUUCUGCGUAAAGCAUACGUUGUUCUACAUGCGUACAAAGAGGCUCCAACAGACUCGCUGGUCGGCGUGGGACCAAGCGUACAGGGACAGGCUGUCACCACGCGUACGGGUCUACCUGGUCAACACAGAGUCAGCAAGAACGAGUGACCGCCGGCCUGCAACCGCUGCAACAUACUUCCUGUCAUGUCGAUGCGACGGAAUCGUGCGUCCGUUCCUUGCCUCUUAUUCUCAGGCGCGUUAUGAAAUAUCUUAG